AUGGUCACGGUUGAACUUAUUGAAGAGAAACCACAAUGCCCUCCCUAUGUCCUUGUCGAGGACACCUUGGAUCAUGAUAUCUAUCAUGCCCCAGAGGACAAUCAGUCGAAGCUUGACGUGUUCCUGGAAAGUGACCCCGUCACCAGAGCCCUCGAGAUCCGACUGCUGUGUCAGCUCAAUGAACCUGUGUCGACCCUUCCCAAGCUGAGGACGGUGACAAACGCGAUCACCGCGCUCGUGACCCUUCUUCGCGAGGCGGGUAUGGUCGCAGGAAGGUUUGAGCCUGAAGACUUGUUUUCCCUGGGGUUCAACAAUAUUAAGACCACGUUAGAAAUCCUACACAAACGUCUGGGUAUCCUGGUGGGAACAACUCCAGUACUACUCGACUCACCUCCUGCUACCGCCGCAAAAGCACCGUCUGACGACAGCCAGAUGACCCUGCAAGACAUUGAGGUCCACCCUCGAGAGCAAUGGUCGACCGAGGACCCAUGGUCUAUGCGAGGUCUAUUACAGACCACCCUGCCUCAGGGUCCUCAGGUCCCUGCAAGGCAAACAUUGCAAAGAAAUGAGCCAAGACCAGUACCGAAUUACACCUCGUCACGGGACGAAGCUGCCCGGGAAGGAGUGCCUACCAACCUGGUAGGUAAUUUACAGGCAUACUUCGACGCGGCGAUGGCAAAAUUUUUACAAGAACGCCAAGUACCGCAAGCACGCAUCAAUAGAAGUGCAGCCAGAGGACGAAAGAGGGCGCAAAGGUCAAAGGCCCAGCUGGGUUCAAGUGCAGCUAUGCAAGUUGAAAGAGACCAAGGGAUGACCGACGUGGAAAUGGAAUCGGUCGGGUCGUGCGAAUAUGACCCAGACCACAAGGACCUCGAUGGACCUCUGGCGAGAAUGGCCAAUGCCGCCCUCGAACAGGUGCCCAACAUGGUCCCCCGUAUCAAGCUCUCAGCGACUUCGGAUCUCAAGUAG